UGAUAAUUAUAUUAAAAAGCUAAGAUGAGUCUAUAAACAAGGUCUAUGGAAAGAACAUCAGCAGGCGAAAAAUAAUAAACUUGGCACUAAUAUAGAAUUUUUAUAGAGGAAAUGAAUUCAUUAAUUGGUUCAGCUUUAGUGGAAGAAUUUAGAAAUGAUAAUGAAAAUGAUUUUAACCCAAAUAUAAUUGUUGGAAAUGGGGAAAGUUUACCUAGAGGAGCAACAAAGUUAAUAAAUGCAGCAGAUCCAAAAGAAUUAGGUUAAGUAGUAUUAGAUUGUGAUAUUGUAAUUUUUCAUUAGAAUUAUUGCAGAGCAGAAUAUGCUUACAAACUUUUAAAGCAUGGGUAAUAUUAGUAGACGAAAACAUUUAUUUUAAUAAGUAAUCCAAUGACUUGGUCUACAACACCUUUAAAAGAUAGAAAAAAUGAUGAAACUGCUAUGAGACAAUCAAUGGGAGGAGAGACAGAAGAGUAACCAUUUUUGAAAAAGUAUGAUAAAUUUACAGAAAAUGAUCUUCCUUUGAGAAAAAUUCAUUUUUUAGAAAGAUUAAAGCAUUUAGAAUAAUAAAUAAUGGUAUGUGAUAAACCAUAAAUGCAUGCAUAUAUAAUAACUCCAGGAUUAGUAUAUGGUAAUGGAGAGGAUAUAUUAUAUGAUUUAUUUAAAACUGCAUGGAUGACACCAGAUGCAGAAUUGCCAAUAUAUGGAGAUGGAAAUAAUAUUAUACCUAUGAUUCAUGUUAAUGAUUUAGCUAAUAUUGUGAAUAAAACAGUUUAAUUGACCCCAAAUGAGAGAUAUAUAUUUGCAGUUGAUUAUGAAAAUAUGACCUAGAAGAAAUUAAUAACAACUAUUGCAAAAUCUGUAGGUAAUGGGUUUACUAAAAAUGUAACAACAGCUACAGAGAAAAUGCUAACAAUAAAUGUUUGGAUGAGAUCAACCUAAGUUUUUGAAUCUGAUGAUUAAUAUAUUGAUGCAAAAAAGAAUCCAAUAAUUAUAUGGUAAUGUAAAGAAGGAUUUGCUAAAAAUAUAUUAAAAAUUAGAGAAUAAUUCAAAUUAUACAGAGGUUUGGAUACAGUUAAAUUAAUUGUACAUGGAGGAACUGCAUCAGGAAAAUCUAAUCUUUGCAAAUAAUUAGCUAAUUUUUAUAGAAUUCCUCAUAUAUAGAUUAAACCUUUAAUUUAAGAAUUAAUUGAAUAAUAAUCAGAUUUAGGAGAAUUAGUUAGAACAACUCUUUAGUAAGUUAAAGAAUAAUUGGUUUCAGAAGCAUUAGCAAUAUUUGAAGCAGAAAAAAAAAAGAAAAAAGUUCCUAAAGGUUAACCAGAGCCAGUAUUUGAUCCAUCUGGCAUAUAACCAAGACUUCCUGACUCUGUCUUAAUAUAAAUAUAUAGAUGGAGAUUAGACUAAAAUGAUGCCUAGAAUUUAGGUUAUGUUUUAGAUGGUUUUCCAAAGACAUUAGAAUAAUAUGAAAAACUAUUUUUAAAUGAAGAGGGUUAAUUAUUAGAAUCCAUCAAACCAAAAGGAGUAAUUUAUUUAGAAUAUCCUGAUGAAUAAUUAAAAGAAAAAGCAAAAUAAAUUAUAGACAAUCCUAGAUAUGUUGAGGAUUAAGUAGUCAAAAGAUUGGCUAAUUUUAGAAAGAAUAAUGAAUAAUUGUUAUAAUAAUAUGAAUAGUUUGAUAUUAAAAGAAUUUCAGACUAAGAAAAUGCUUUUGAAUAGUCUAAAGAUUUUAUAACUAGGAAUGGACCUAUUUUGGUAUUACAAGAUGUUAAAGAUGAAGAAGUUGUUUAGACUGAAGAGUAAUAAGAUGAUGUGACACCCUCUCCUUAAGUUAAUUCAAGUUAACAAGAUAAAGUUUCGGCUGCUUAACAAUCUUAAGUUUAAUAAUCUUAAGUAGGACCUAAAAAAAAGGGAGAUCAAUUAAAUGUAAUUUCAUUUAUUAAUUUAGAAAUCAAUAAAUGAAAGUAGAUUAUCAAAGGAUAAUAAGAAACUAACUGAUGAACAAAAAUAAGAUCUUAUUAGACAAUAAGAAAGAGAGCUUUUAGAUUAAAGAAGUCAACCUUUAAGACAAUAUUUGGCUGAUAAUGUUGUUCCUUUCUUAACAGAAGGUUUAAUAAACAUAUGUGAAAAACAUCCUGAAAAUCCAUUAUAAUUUUUAGCAGACUUUUUAGAGCAAAAAGGAAAUGAAUUAUAAGCUUUAGGACAAUGAAAUUUAUAUAAAAUUGCAAUUAUA